CUUACUCUAUAAAAUAAAACACACACACAUAUAUACAUAUACAUAUAAAUACAAUGGAUCUCAUCAAUAAAGGCGUUGAACUUAUCAGACGAUCAACCUUAACAAAGAAACAUCAAAAACAUACUAGAAACCUGAGUGGAGAAUCCGAUGCAUCUUCAUCACCCACUAGUAUUUGUAAAACACCCAGCAUCACCAGCAGCAUAACCAGUGAUGAAGGAAGUUGCUAUUCAGGUGGAUACAAUAGUAAUGUCAUUACCCCCUCACAAACACCUGGUAGAAAUUCUGCUUCCAGCGCAACACAGAUUCCCUUAUCUUUCACAAUCACUCCUGCCGUGAACACACCGCCACAAUCACCUGUAAAUAAAGACAUACCUUCACCAUACAAAGAACACUCUAUUCAUCACAUGCCAGCAUCUAAUUUCCCUUCCUCUGCUAUCCCCGACUACCUCUCUUCAUCUCCUGUAUAUGCAUCUCCACUCUCCCCUCUUCCUAGACUUGUUGAACAACAACCUUCCGAUGGUUACUUUAGUAUCCCUCCUUCCACAGACAGUAACGUCUCUACUCCCUCUUCUAAAUUAGUGCCACAAAGAUCUCCCAUGAAGGGUGUUUAUUCACCUCGUCCUGUACAUGUAACCCGUGUUAGCACAAACGCUAUCCCUCGUACUAAGCUCAAAGACAAACAAAGACGUCGUCAGCAUCGUAAAUUGAAGUUGGAUGAUUUCGUCCUGAAGCGUACUGUCGGCACUGGUUCUUUUGGUCGUGUGCAUUUAGCCCAAAGUAAAGUCAAUGGAAAGCAUUAUGCGAUCAAGGCAUUGGACAAAUACGACGUUGUUAGACUCAAGCAGGUCGAACAUAUUAAUAAUGAACCUUCCAUCUUGCGAGAUGUGUCUCAUCCAUUUUUGGUUACCUUAUGGGAUGCAUUCCAAGAUGAUACACAUUUAUUUAUGGUCAUGGACUAUGUCCCUGGUGGUGAGUUAUUUAGCAUCCUGAGAAAGCAAAAGAAAUUCUCUGAACAAGCAGCCAAAUUCUACGCUGCAGAAGUAAUUUUGGCCCUGUCCUACUUGCAUGAAAAUGGUAUCGUCUAUAGAGAUUUGAAACCCGAAAACAUCUUAAUUGAUGCACGUGGUCAUGUUAAAUUGACCGAUUUUGGCUUUGCUAAACGUGUUGAGAAUGUCACUUGGACUGUGUGCGGUACACCCGAUUAUUUAGCUCCUGAAAUCAUUCUCUCCAAAGGCUAUACAAAGGCUGUCGAUUGGUGGGGUCUUGGUGUGCUUAUCUUUGAAAUGGUGGUAGGCCGUGCUCCCUUCUUGGACAAGAAUCCUGUCAAUCUUUACCAAAAGAUUUUGGAAUGUCGUGUCGAUUGGCCUGAAGAUAUCAGCCCAGAGCUUAAAGAUCUUUUGCAAAAUUUACUUACAGCUGAUCUGGAUGCUCGUUAUGCUAGUGAUCAAGUCAAGUCGCAUGAAUGGUUCUCUGAUUACAACUUUGAUCAAGUGUUGAAGCGUAAAGUUAAGCCUCCAUAUAUUCCCAAAGUCAAAGACGAUGGUGAUGCCACUUGCUUUGCAAAGUAUAAAGAACCUGCUCAUCUCUAUGGAAACAUUCGUGGCGAUCCUUUUAGAUCCAAAUUUCCUGCAUUUUAAGAAAUCCUCUCUUACUACAAAUCUUAUAUCCCCUCCCCUCAUUCUUCGCAUUUUCUCAUAAUAAAAAAUUAUCAAUUAAUAUGUCUAUAUACUAUACUAAAAAA